AAACCUUGCCACCCAAGUAAGUCUUUUAACUUUAUAAGUAAAAGAAAAUUCCUAAAAUGUAAUAAACACAUAAAUAAUAACAAUAAUAAUAAGUCAAAUUAAAAAAAAUUAUUCAACUCAUAAAAAAUCUUAUUUCUUCUAUUUGACUAAAAAUUAGAUUCAAAUAUGAAUACAGAUUUAAAAUUGUAUCACGAAAAAUACCUUUAAACCACUAAUAUUGAAAAAAACCCACUCAACACUUAAUUUUAAAAUAUUAACGAUAAUAUUUUUAAAAAUGGUACUUUUGAAAAUAUCUAAGCCUAAAAAGAAACAAAUUAAAGAAUAAAUAAUUAAGGAUAAGAAUAAAUGAAGAAAAAUAGCUUAAAAUAAGAAGAGGGUCUUAAUUCUAAUUAAUAAGAUUUAAAAUAAUUUCAUGAAUAUAUUAGUUAUUCUAAUGAUGAUAGUGAUGAUGAGGAUAGCGAAGAAGAAUACUCAAUUUGGGAAGAAAGUGAAAUUGAAAAUAAUGGAAUAAAUGCUGAUACACUUACUGACCCUAGAGGUAACUAAUUAUAGUUUUACUAGAUCUAUAGACUUCGUUCAGCUUUAUAUUAAAAAUCUUAUGUAUCUCGUUUAGACACCAUUAAAGAAGUUUUAAAAAUAUCAUCUCAUUAAAAAAAAAAAAUAUCAAUAAACACUCUUAAACAAUAAUAAAAUUACCUUGACUUUUUCUAUCCAAUACAAAAAAAGGAUUUUAAAAAUGAAGAAAAUAUUUUAUUUAAUAUCAAUAAAAGCACUCCAAAAUAAUUUGAAAAUUAUUUUAAUUAAGUAAACAAAGAAAUCAAAGAUAAAAAUUUAAUAGAAUAAGUAAAUAACUAUUAAAACAAAGAUAAAAAUUAAACCAGUGAAAUAAGAUCAUAAUUAUGUUUGUAAGACUAAAAUAGUAGGAGAUAAUCUUUAAAGCUACUUUUAGACAAGAAUAGUAAAAUGAAAUAAAUAUUUGAAAAUAAUAAAAUCUACAAUACGAAAAGCAAAGAUAUAGGAGAAUAAGUAUUAGGCUAUUAUGCUAGAAAAUAAUCACUAAAAUUGAUAUUAAAUAAGAACAAAGUAUCUAAAUAAUCAAUAUCCGAAAAUAAUAAUUUUUAAAAAAUUGAUUUAAAUAAAGAUAACAAUAUAAAAGAAACAAAUUAUCAUGGUAUUUAAAAUAAAUAAAUAGCUUGUGAGGAAGAAAAACAAUCACCACAAGAUUUAGAUGAAAAAAAUUAAUUAGAAAGUAAAAUUAGAAAAGGAAAUUUAAUAUAAAUAAACUUUUCCUUUCUCUCUAAUUUAAAAAUGAAGCUCUUUUCCUGA